CCGCGCGGGGGGGCGCAGUGCAGCGCCGGGGCCAGGCCGCGGGGCGGGGCGGCGGGGCCGUGAGGAGGAGGCUGGGCAUGGCGGGGCUGAGCCCCGGGCUGGCCGCGCUGCUCUGCGCCCUCCAGGUGCAGGCUGCCGGCCGCGGAGCCGCCGUCACGCAGGAGCUGCUGCAGGAGGGGUUCCACAGGGACCUGCUGGUGAAGGUAGACCUUGGGGAAACCGGAGAGUGGGCUGGAGGAUGCACGGUGGUUGCAAGAACUCAUCUGCCGCCAGGAAUCUACGUGGAUCCCUACGAGCUGGCAUCGCUGCAGCAGCACAACUUAACGAAGGCGGUGUUAAUUCCUGACGUUGUUGAUGUGGAGGCUCCUGAGUACUCGGCCACAGGCCUUGUGGUUCUCCUGUACCUGGAACGCGACCCUCGCUGUUCGCGGUGUUUCAGAGGUGCUUUGCCUGUGCAUGUGCGGUACCACCGGCCAGCAGGGGACGGGGAGGAAGCACUGGUUGCUCUGAAGAGUCCAGAAGUACUGGUCUGCUGCUGCGAUGAUCACCUGUCAACAGAGAGUUGGAAGCCUGCUGAAGUGGAAGCUCCCUGCUCAGGGAAAAGGGACUACCCCUGUCAGUGGUACAGCGCAACGCACAAACCUGCAUAUGAAGAACUGAUUCUUCAGGUUCCAGUGGGGCUCAAGCAACAUAGUGCCUUAGUGUGCGUUGUGACUCUUCUUGCCACGGUGUUCUGUUCCAGUCUGAUUCUUGCUGCUGUCUGCAAGCACGGACACUUCUUCUCCCUAGUCACCUGCUCAGAAUAAAGAAACAAGGAGCGACUGAGCUCUGUGCAGCAAAACUAAUUCAGUGUUACAUUAAGUUCCUAAGUGAAUCCUUCUCUGCUGUUAUUUAUAUCUUGGUAAUUCAUGCAGGUCCCAUAACAGAUUAUAGUUCACUUGGCCUAACUCUUACAAACACCUUUCAUGCACAGAAGACCACUUUGGUACAUUGUGAAUAGACAAAGCAGAUGGAGAGCUGAAAGGACUGCCACAGGCAGUGUGGCAAUAGUCAGGAACAGGCUCAGUCUCUGAUUCCCUGCCCCAGGCCACGGCCUGCUUCGGCUGUAGUGCUGCUCCUUGCAGAGGUGUUUGUAACUUCUUGAAUUCAAACCACCUGAUUGGGAAGUGGUUAUUAAGGGUAUGAAAAACAUUAUCUAGUCAUAAAUGUUUCUGAAUUUGGAGCUUGUUUAAACUAUCCACAUGGGUUAUGCAUGAAUUUGCAAAGAGGCGUACUUUACUUGGGACUGUAGAAGGUUUAAACAAUCUGUACUCUGCUAAGGACUAGGAGGGAUUUGACCAAGAGCAGAUUAGCUGCUCUUGGUCAAAUCAUUCAGAGUUGAAAGAGCUUAGAAAAUUUGAAAGGAAUUUCACCCUGUAUCAGAAUCUAAAAGAAUCUCCCUUGGGAGAUUAAAGCGGAUGAACAGAUACAAACUGGAAGCAAACAUUUAGAAGACUUGAAUUCAGCCAUCAGAGCAGUUAAUAAAUACAUGGAAAUGGAAGGAUUGCUUAAUGGAAAAAAUGAGUUGCUCUGGAUUGACAGAAGGUGGUGGUUGUUUUAGUCGUCAGUAGGUGGCAUUGUGACCUUACUCACAGGGGCGGUUGGAGAAAAUGUACCUCACAUAGUUAAGAGCAGGUGAUUUUUUGAGGGAGUGUGGGGGAGAUCAAUGAAAAUGCUGUUUUUUAAAUUCUAUCCUCCUUUAUAUGCAGCCAUGACUGCUUCACAGCAGAAUCAGCCUUUCAUCACUGUCCAGCUGUAGCUUCAGGAUCCCCUGGGCAUCCUUCCUCCGCUUCUGCUGGAAUUCAAUAGAGAGCUCGUCUUGUGACUUUGCCCGCGACAGGUUGGCAAGCGCUCUGACACUGGGCUCUUGUUUUCCCCUGACUGUGCUGAAUGAUGAUGGCUGCGCCAGUACUUCAUGCGCUACCUCAGAGACGUCAUGCACUGCAUCUGUUUGGGGGAAGGGAGAAAUUAAAGAGGACAAUUGCAGGGAGAUUUGGUGGUUCUUGCAGUAGGGCUGAGGAGAGAGGCUGUAACACUUGCCUCUGAGUGGCAUUUUUAACUCCCAGAGUUGAGUUUGUCCUUGUGCUUUCUCUCCGGUGCAGGUACGUCAUUCUGUGUUGCAGUUUGACUCAUGGAAUGGCAAUGUCCCAGACUGCCACUUGGCCUGGCAGAUCUUUAUCUCCUGAAAGCUCACAAUUUCUCAGAUAAGACUAGUUGGAAAUCACAUGUAUGCUAAAACAAGCUGCCUGACAGUGUAGUCCAAUGAAAGGAAAGUAAUUUCCUUGUGACAAAUGAGGAAAAUAUUGCAAGAUAUAAAAGAUGAUGAGUAAAUGAUUUGGAAAUGCGUGCAAAUGAUGCAAGAAAGUGAGUGUGCAUUAGUGGUAGGAUGUUCUAUGAGCAACUGUGGCAGGAGGGGCUUGAAUUAUAGGGGGCUUAGCACUGUUAGUAUGGAACAGAUUGUUGACUUUAGAACAGAGUGCAGCUGCUGGAGGUUGAGAGGGAAGGUUUUCAGUGCACUAAUCAGCUUGUGAGGCUCCUGAUUUACUCAGUAUAUCUGCUGAAAAUUCAUCAAGAUCCCACUGAUGAGGUUUUCAGGUGAGCUGGAGUAACAUUGAUUCUGAUUAAUGUAAAAUAUUAGAGAAGCUGCAGAAAUUUCAGUGGAUGUCUUUGCUAUGGCAAAUAGCAAGUAUUUGUUCUUUUUAAAUGCAUAGCAUUUGAAUUAAAGUACAGUAGAUGUUCUUUAAAAGUUGUAAAUAAGCAUAAUAAAUAUCGUAGGGUUAAGCAUGA